ACAGCAUUGUCCACACACUCUUGACAGGCUCCUCCAUAAGAGCUAAAUUCUGAAAGAUGUCCGGUCGCGGUAAAACCGGAGGCAAAGGGCGCGCCAAGGCCAAGACUCGCUCCUCCAGAGCCGGGCUCCAGAGACGUAUCCACCGGCUGCUGCGCAAGGGCCACUAUGCCGAGCGGGUCGGGGCCGGAGACCCCGUCGACCUGGCCGCCCUCCUCGAGUACCUGACGGACGAGAUCCUCGAGCUGGCCGGCAACGCGGCCCGGGACAACAAGAAGACCCGCAUCAUCCCUCGCCACCGGCAGCUCGCCUUCCUCAACGACGAGGAGCUGGGUGGGGUCACCAUAGCCCAGGAUGGGGUCCUGCCCAACAUUCAGGCUGUGCUGCUGCCCAAGAAAACCGGGCAGCCCGGCAAGGGUUACGCCUGAAGGGGAGACACCGGGAACAGAUCAAAUCCACCAACCACACUCUUGACAGGUUGGCGAUCAGAAUUUGGUGACGUGUGGAGCCACGCUAACCUGAACCACCUUGCCGCCACAUCCUAUUUCCAAUUUAUGUAGUCCCAAGCAUAGAGGAGGGAAACUAAUGGUUUACCUCUAGCCAACCUAUUGAUUUUUUGUGUAGUUGGCACUUUAUCGCUGUUUGGGAGCUGUCUGUUGUGUAAGGGACUGUUACACUGCUGGUCGCUCGGGCCCCGAGGAGGGACUAAGUUUUUACUUCCUGCUCUUUCUGUUAAAUGUAAACAGGCUUCACCACCCGCCACCUACCACAUGACAAGGUUUCAACAAGGGAAAGUAUAGUUAGGCAGAGAAAGACAACUUCAAAGCUCACAAAGGUCGAAGUUAUUUUAAGACAGUUUGGAGUUCAUUCAGCAAGUUGCUGAGAUCUAACAAACUGCAACAACUCCUGUCGCCAGUUUACAG